AUGCCAGCAUCCCAAAGCCGGGCCAGAGCCAGAGAGCGGAACAAUGUCCUGAACAGGGCUGAGUUCCUCUCAUUGAACCAGCCCAUGAAAGGGAACCAGGAGACCAGGAGCUCCAGCAGAAAGCAGGGCAGCCAGUCUGGUCUGGCUCCCACCCAAAACGAGGGCACCAAGGAGCGGAGGCAAUCGCAGCAGCUUCCCGAGGAGGACUGCAUGCAGCUGAACCCCUCCUUCAAGGGAAUUGCCUUCAACUCCCUGCUGGCCAUCGAUAUCUGCAUGUCCAAGAGGCUGGGGGUCUGUGCCAGCAGCGCCUCGUCCUGGGGCAGCGCCCGCUCCAUGAUCACACUCAUCGGGAUCACAGGGCAUGGCGUACCCUGGAUCGGGGGCACACUCAUCUGCCUGGUGAAGAGCAGCACGCUGGCGGGACAGGAGGUCCUCAUGAACUUGCUGCUAGCCUUACUCCUGGACAUCAUGAUUGUUGCAGGAUUGCAGAAGCUGGCCAAGCGACGAGGCCCAUACGAUGUCCACCCCGGCCUCUUGGACUAUCUGACCAUGGACAUCUAUGCUUUCCCAGCCGGCCACGCCAGCCGAGCUGCCAUGGUGUCCAAAUUCUUCCUCAACCACCUGGUUUUGGCCAUCCCACUCCGGAUCCUGCUGGUCCUCUGGGCCUUCUGCGUGGGGCUUUCCCGCAUCAUGAUUGGACGGCACCAUAUCACAGAUGUCCUGUCCGGCUUUGUCUUUGGCUACUUGCAGUUCAGGCUGGUGGAGUUGUUGUGGAUGUCUUCCAACACGUGUCAGAUGAUAAUAUCAAUCUGGUGAACACAAGAAUCCCUGACAGAAACUAGCAGACACUUUAAGAUUCUCUCUCUCAUUUUUUUAAAAUAUAAUUCUUCAUAUUUAUUGGGAAAAAAAUUAACUUCCAUAAGUAGUAGUAUUCUUUUUACUGUUGCUCCCCUGCCUGAAAAAAAAUGUUUCUUGCAGAUGGUUAGGCUUCAGCAAUCAAGGGCCAGCCAUCACAGUAUUUUGGCCACUUUUUAAAAUCCCAUUUGGAUGGUAACCAAACUAAGCAGUAAAGAUAACAAAAUGAGCUCUCUUUGGAUGGUGCACAUCUGAUGCCCAGGUGUGUUCUCAGAAAACCUGUUAUCCCUUUGGGAUGCGUUAAUUAGCUUCUUGGAGGCAAAACGUUUUGGGGCGAAGUUCUACAGCGCUUUUUCUGUCUGCCAGCCCAACGGUUGUGUCUUGUACAGGGCCGGGCACGCUGCCGGCACCUCACAGAUAAUAAAUAAUCAU